AUGGCCAAAGACCAGAAGGCUGCUCCACACCGAGCCUCAUUUUUUUCAGAAAAGCCCGUCUCCCCACCGCGCACUGCUAAACGACAAUUAUCGACAAGUAAAGGCGGUGACGUUCAUGACUUUUUCAAACCCGCAUCCAAGAAACCGAAAGUCCAGAAAAUCGCCUGGCGCAUUAUAGACAACAGUUGCUUGGUUGGGAAAUACGCAUCUGAACCAAACGCUAAUACGGAAGAAAUCGUUACCCCCAAAAAGAAGCCUGUUGCGGUUUUUGAUCUUGAUCACACAUUGAUCAAGACAAAAUCGGGCAAUACCUUCCCCAGAGAUGCGAAUGACUGGGUGUGGUGGGAUGCGCAGGUUCCGCGGAAGUUGAAGGAGCUGCACUCCGACGGGUACCAGGUCGUGAUCCUCAGCAACCAAAAGAAAGUCCUCCUCAAGCACACCAAGAAGUCUGCGCUCGGCGAGCCCAAAAGCCUAUCUAUCUUCAAGGACAAAGCUGGGUCGAUUAUGAGAGCGCUGGAUGUACCGCUAAGUGUCUACGCUGCGACGGAGUAUGACGAAUAUCGGAAACCGCGCAUAGGCAUGUGGAAUAUGAUGCUGGAUGAUUAUGAUCUUAACAUGGAGGGCGCAAUGGACCUACAGGGCUCUGUGUUUGUAGGUGAUGCUGCAGGACGGCCUGGGGACCACUCGUGCGUGGACCGCAAUUUCGCAACGAAUGUCGGCAUAGCAUUCAAGACACCUGAGGAGUUCUUCCGCGGAGAAGCUGCUCAAGCAGUUGAAGUGUUUGAUCCGAGGAAACUUAUUAAAACCGAGACGAACGGUCAACCAGCCAUCGAAUUCACAAAGCCGCCGGGCCAAGAGCUUGUGAUAUUCUGCGGCAGCCCGGGGGCGGGAAAGUCGACAUUCUAUUGGAAAUAUCUCGAGCCGCUGGGGUACGAGCGGGUGAAUCAGGACAUUCUUAAAACUGUAAGCAUGGAGCUCCUUGUGUACGCCGUCACACGUAUCCUACAGUACAUCCUAUACCAGCGCCCAAAAUGUUUGAAGGUUGCAAGCGAAUAUCUCCAAGCUGGUAAAUAUGUUGCUGUCGAUAACACCAAUGCAAACGUUGAAACACGAGAGCAUUGGAUAAGUAUGGCAAAGGAGCACAAGGUGCCGAUUCGAUGCGUAUACUUUUCUACUCCACAAGAUAUUUGCAACCACAACAAUGCCGUUCGCGCGGCAAACUCGAAACUUGAGUCAAUCAACCCGGAAAACCGCACCUUCUUGCCCCCCGUCGCAUUCAGGGACUUUCUACGCCGGUUCGAGGAACCGCAGCUGUCUGAAGGCCUUCAGGAAAUCAUCCGCGUGGAUUUUCUGUUCGAAGGCGACGCGGCUGCAAAGCAAGCGUGGUCGCAGCAUUGGGUAUAA